GGGAGGGGCCAGAUAAUGAGUCAUUUCCUGGGUGAAUCUAGGGUUAGCAGAGGAGCUGGGGCGUUUUGGGAACACCCCGUGUUAAUUAUAGUGUUCUGGUGUUAGUUAUAGCCUAGGGAGGAGAGACAGUCCAGUGAAAAGGGGCCUGUCCAUUUCCCGUCUGUGUGAGAUCCUUCUUGGCCCCGGCCAUGGCAUCCCAGCGACUCCCAUACGCUGAUACGGCCCCAAUCCUGACCCAACCGGAUGACACAGAGGAUGAGGAAAAAGAGGGGCUCCCAUCGGACCAUGAAGGAGUGGUAGACGUGCAGACCAUCACGGGGAUCUCUCCAACUCAUGCUGGCUUCAUUGUGGGGGUUCUCUGCUUUGUCAACUUGUUGAACUACAUGGACCGCUUCACUGUGGCCGGCGUUCUCCCUGACAUUGAACAUUUUUUUAACAUUGAUGACAGUAAAUCGGGACUCCUACAGACGGUUUUUAUUUGCAGCUACAUGGUGCUAGCGCCAAUUUUCGGUUACCUGGGGGAUCGCUAUAAUCGCAAAAACCUGAUGUGUGUUGGAAUCACAUUCUGGUCAAUAGUAACUCUGGGGAGCAGCUUCAUCGCCAAGGAGCGGUUCUGGCUGCUGCUGCUAACACGAGGCCUGGUGGGUGUGGGAGAAGCUAGCUACUCCACCAUCGCCCCCACCAUUAUUGCUGAUCUGUUCCUGGGUAACCGACGAUCGCGCAUGCUCAGCAUCUUCUACUUUGCCAUACCUGUGGGCAGUGGGCUGGGCUAUAUUGUGGGGUCAAAAGUGAAAGACGUGGCUGAUGACUGGCAUUGGGCCUUGCGGGUGACUCCUGGCCUGGGGGUGUUGGCUUUGCUGCUGCUGGUGACUGUGGUGCGUGAGCCACCUCGGGGGGCUCUGGAGACUCACUCAGAUGCUCCCCUGAAAAAUACGUCCUGGCUAGCUGACCUGAGGGCCCUCAGCCGCAAUCGCAGCUUUGUGCUGUCGUCGUUGGGCUUCACAGCUGUGGCCUUCGUCACGGGCUCCUUGGCUCUGUGGGCACCAGCAUUCCUGUACCGCUCACGCUUGGCCACUGGCAGCACCCAGCCUUGCUCCACAGAGGUUGCUUGCAAGAACACUGAUAGCCUCAUCUUUGGUGCUGUCACUUGUGUGACUGGCGUGUUGGGCGUCAGCACUGGGGUGGAGGUUUCCCGGCGCUUGCACCGCACCAAUCCCCGAGCUGACCCCCUUGUGUGUGCAGCUGGACUGAUUGGCUCUGCCCCCUUCCUGUUCCUGGCAGUGGUGAGCGCUCAGGGGAGCAUCGUCGCCACUUAUGUGUUCAUCUUCAUUGGCGAGACCCUCCUUUCCCUCAACUGGGCCAUAGUGGCCGAUAUGCUUCUGUACGUUGUCAUCCCCACCCGCAGAUCCACAGCUGAAGCCGUCCAGAUCCUGCUGUCCCAUCUCCUGGGUGAUGCCGGGAGCCCUUACCUCAUUGGCCUGAUCAGCGACCGAAUCCAGCGUGAUCGCCCCCCGUCGUUCCUGUCACAGUUCCGAAGCCUUGAAUAUGCACUGAUGCUCUGCGCCUUUGUGGGAGUUAUCGGAGGUGGCUUCUUCCUGGCCACAGCCUGCUUCAUCGAGGCAGACCGUAAGCGCACAGAGCUGUAUGCACAAGGACAGCUGCCCGAAUCACCGGAGGGCGAAGAUCGCAUUGUUGUUCCUCAGCGCGGCCGAUCAACAAAAGUCCCCAUCUCCAGUGUCCUGAUCUGAAGCCUGAAGCCUGAAACCUUUAUCCUCCAGUCUGGGAAAGGGGCGUGUGGGCUCUGUUCUCAGCUGCUACAGCAGGGACUCUCUGAAUGGACCCAGGCGGGCUUGUGGACAGCUGGGGAAAGUCGGACUCUCAGUGUAUGCCGAGUUUUUAUAAAGCACAAACUUUAUCCAGA